AAAGCUGCUCAGCAGGGAAGCCAAUAACUCCUUGGCACCCCUCCUCUCAUUCCUCAGUUUGAUCAUAGGUCUAAAAGACUAUAGACAGAAGACAAUGAAGAGGAAUAUGAAGCACCUGCAAUACUAUCAAUUUCUAUUCUGCUACCUUCUGCUGACUAUCAAAGAUCAUGCACUCUGUGUCAAAGAAAUCACAAUUACUCCGGCUGAACCACAUGUCAAGCUGGGAGAUGCUGUGACCCUAACCUGUGAAACAACCUGUGAAGGCAAACCACAGUGGAAGCAACUAGACGACAGUGAUGCUGAAAUCACUUUCGAUGGGAAAAAAAGUUUUCUAAAGAUUGCAGCUGUACAGCUGGAUCACCAACAAACAUAUACCUGCACUGUGGCCAAAUGUCUUACACGGAAGAAGGAAUCAGUCAAGCUCAUCGUUGACAGUCUUUCCACAGAAGGAGUAGAUGUUGAGGUCAUUAGCAUUACGAAAAAAGAUACCAGAGUUACCCCAGAUCCUUUAAAAACAACAGUUAAGGCUGAUGUACUUCCAGUUCACACCACAGAAAACCCAACAGAGAUGUUGCCAACAACGACAUGGCCCGCUACUAUUAAUGCACUUAAGGAAAGUCUUUCCACAGAAGGAAUAGAUGUUGAGGUCAGUAGCAUUACAAAAAAGCUACCAGAGGUUGCGUCCACAUCAUUUCUCCCUACCAAAACAAGAGAUCCACAAGUGGAAGAUCCUUCAAAAACAACAAUCAAGACUGAUAUAUUUCCAGUUCACACCACAGAAAAUCUAACAAAAAUGUUGCCAACAACAUUACUGCCCACCACUAUUAAUCAUCUAAAAGACAGUCUUUCCACAGAAGGAAUAGAUGUUGAGGUCAGUAGCAUUACAAAAAAGCUACCAGAGGUUGCGUCCACAUCAUUUCUCCCUGCCAAAACAAGAGAUCCACAAGUGGAAGAUCCUUCAAAAACAACAAUCAAGACUGAUAUAUUUCCAGUUCACACCACAGAAAAUCUAACAAAAAUGUUGCCAACAACAUUACUGCCCACCACUAUUAAUCAUCUAAAAGACAGUCUUUCCACAGAAGGAAUAGAUGUUGAGGUCAGUAGCAUUACAAAAAAGCUACCAGAGGUUGCGUCCACAUCAUUUCUCCCUACCAAAACAAGAGAUCCACAAGUAGAAGAUCCUUCAAAAACAACAAUCAAGGCUGAUAUAUUUCCAGUUCACACUACAGAAAAUAUAACUAAAAUGUUGCCAACAACAUUACUGCCCACCACUAUUAAGCCUCUGAAAGACACAGCAGGGGCAGCUUCCAGCUCCACUAUAAUGGCCAUGGCUGUAGUGGGCUCAGUGGCAACUCUCUCAUUCCUGGGAUUCUUGAUUCACCUGAUCCGCCGGAAGAAACGCAAGUUGUCCCCUAAUGACAUGUAGAACCACCUGGAUGACUGCUGACCAAAAUUGCAUCAGCUUCAUCUCAUUUCAAGCUUUUUUUGUCCAAUAUAUUUAAUGCUAUUAUAACACUCCUUCAUACAGCUUUCCCUGCAUCAGCUUAAACCUAAUAUAAUACACUGAUCAAAAAAAUUUAAGGAACACUUAAAUCAUACAUCGGGUCUCGAUGAACGACAUAUGUUAAAGAUCAUAACCUUUACUGUACAUUGUGUAAUUAUCACGGUCGUAGGUAUGCAUGAUAUGUGGCGCAGAGCGAGUAAAGGGAAACAUCCUUUUAUUAUAACGCAAAAAAUAACAAAAGGAGAGGCAAACCUAACACAAACAAUGAUCCACAAGUGAAAAGUCCAAAAGGGAAACUUAAAUAGGGUCCCCAAUUAGAGGCAACAUGCGGCAGCUGCUGCCUCUCAAUCACCAACCGAUUGAGGGCUGGAUUCAAACUGAAAAUCAAAGUAAACAACUAAAAUCACAGGCUGUUCCAACUUAAUGUGACUCAUAAUGUGACCCAGUAGUGUGUGCCUGUAUGCAAUGCCGACAAUGUCUGGGCGUGCUCCUGAUGAGAUGGCGGAUGGUGUCCUUGGUGAUCUCCUCCCAGACCUGGAUCAGGG